UCAUAGUAUAUGUUCUGUUAGUUGAAGGUGGAGAAGGAGGAAGUGAAAUAUAGAAAUUGGGACGACCGUGCAUACCGUGAGAACUCUUGUAUUUUGUAUAUUAAUCGUACUACAAUUGGACCAUGGCGUAUGUUAAUGUAGCGGAGUGGAAAGCCGAUCAAGUGUGCGAGUGGUUGAAAGGUUUGGAUAGCACCGUGCUUCCUUACAUUCAUAGUUUUCUAAAUCACAAUGUGAACGGGCAGCAGUUAUUAAACUUGCAAUCGCAGGAUUUGGAACAGUUGGGUGUGAUGAAGCUCGGCCAUCAAGAAAUAAUUCUUGAGGCCGUGGAAUGUCUCAGGAGGUUCCAUUAUGAUCUCGACAAAGAGAAUCUACAGCUGCUGGCAUUGCGACUCUCUAGCCAGGCACACAGCUUGCACAAAGAAUUGUGUCGUCAGAGAGAUUCGGAGCCUGUUACCACUCAAACGCUGUCGGACGUAGCAUCGAUUAUGAUGGUGGUGAAGCCUUUAGUAAGGUGGAUGGAUUAUCCACCGUUUAGCGGACACAUAGAGUAUCACGGCAAGAAGGUUGAAUUGAUGAAAAUAUCCAUAGAAAUGGCUACAUGUGCACAGAGAGAUCGAUUUGCUGAAAAGCCAGUCCAAGAUAUCAGAACGACUUGCAGACAAUUGGCAACAUUAGCAGAUUACAUUGUUCAAGAUAUCGUCGAUCCUAUUAUUCUACAGCCUGCAAGUCUAGAUUUAGCGACAUUAAAAAAGAAAUCUAGCGAUGAUUUGGGUUUUACCAUUUUACCAUCUUUUCAUGGAGUACAUCAAAUAACUGAAAUUAAACUCGGAUCUGCUGCACAUCUGUCUGGAAAAAUGACGGAAGGAGACGAGAUAGUUCAGGUAAAUUAUCAAACAGUAGUUGGUUGGGAAAGGAAGAAUUUGCUUGAGUUAUUUCGUGAGAGCCCAGCCGAAAUGCUUCUAACCAUAAAACGUAGACCGAGGCAUACUAAAAUAUUUGGGCAAAUUUACAUAAAACCGUAUAAACUUCCAAGUAACAAAAACACCUCUUUUGCAAAACAAGGACGUAAACUUUCGUCUCCCAGACCAGAAUUAUUAACAAUACCUGAUUUUGCAAUGCCAUCACCUAGACACAUGCCAAAGAAAUCCGAUGGAGAGCCAGCAAGUAUUUUAGAUGCAGUCAAAAUGUUGGAUAUAAUGACUACAGACAGUAGCGAUUCUGACAGCGAAUCAGAGUCGCAGCUGUACGCUAAACCGAGAAGCUUAGUCCAAAGGCGGGCUACAAUAACAGGCGCCAGUCCCACGUCCAAAUACGGUAUUAAUCUCGAACGAUUUUGGAAGGAGUUGAAGCGAGAGCACAACGCGGCCGUUCAGUUGCGCGAUAAAUCAGCGUCUUGCGCCCACGGUUUGGACAGUGUGCCAAUGGUAAAUAUACGGCCCCAAACGUGUUUAGGAUUAGAGUCAGCGAGAAAGAAGAGCAAGAACGAGCAAACGAAUAAAAAGGUGCAAUUUGAGGAGAAAUUGACCGAUGCUAAGAACGCACGUCCGGUCGAUACGAAGGAAAAAGUUACUCUUACGCAAAACUGUAAUGAUGGUGCAAAUAUUGUAAAUAAAGGUAUUAAUGUAGAGCAUCUGCAAGCGUCCACGGAUAAUGUCGGCGAUAGCAAUAAUUUAAACGAUAUGACUGUGCCUUUAGAUGAAUAUACUAAAUCUGUUAGCGAUAAUUGUAGUACUAACGAGAGUGUGCCAAGUGACAAAGAGAUUGGCACACGACAUAUUGAAAGGCCCGGUAAAUUAGAUAAAAUCUGUAGUAUCUCUGCGUAUGAUCUGUCUGAUACCGAGAAAUUGAAUUCGUUUGAUCACACGUCGAACAAUAAUUUAACAAAAGUUGAUGUUUGUACGAUUGAUCAUAAAAAAUUCAAAGAUACAAGCUACAAGUGUAAAGAAAUGUCCGAUGAUAUAUGUGACGGUAAUGUCGCUCGAAAAAUUAGCAAUAUUGAGAGACAGGUUGCGCGUGAGAAUGCGGAGGAGCAAGCAAGUGCCUUUGAAGUGCCUAAAAGAAUAGAUAUUGUAAAUUUUGAGAAUAGCACAGAGGAAAAAAACAAGAAUGCUCUUGAACACAAUAAGUUUGCAGUUGAAUGCGAGAACGUCGUGACUGAAUACUUCAAAGCUGUUCAUUCGAAAAGUUUGGCAUGCAAGUGUCACCGGAAUGCUGAUAAAGUCGAAUGUAGCAGUAGUAGUAGCAGUAGUAGUAGUAGUAGUAGCAGCAGCAGUAGUAGUAGUAGUAGUAGUAAUAGUAGUGGUAGUAGUAAUAGUAGUAGUGGUAGUAGUAGUAAUAGUAGCAAUAAUAGUAACAGUAAUAAUAGCAGCAACAACAAUAGUAUUAAUGGUAAUAAUGGCGAUAAAAAUAGUAAUAGUUGUAGUAAUAAUAGUAGUAGUAGUAAUAUCAGCAACAGCAUCGAAAGAAAUGAGAUGUCGCAAAAAUUAGACAAAAUUUCACAAAUAAUCGAUUGUCGUACCUUAACUCGUGUAGAAUUGCUGGAAAAUAAGUUUUCCUCGGUGCUAUCGAGAGAAAACUUGUCGCCAAACAAUAACAAUAUUAGAUCUAUUGAAGACGAUCUGUUGAGUGUUACUCGUAAUGUUUCAAAGAUUCAAAUUAAAGAGGAAAAAUCCGCGGACUUGUCCUCACAGGCCACAGUGCAGUCCUGUCGCUAUGUAGAAAUACCAAAGAUCGAGUCCGUUAAAAAGAUUGAGAAGCCUCCGGAACCGCCACCUCGUAAAUAUUAUACGAGUCAGGCGAUAAUCAACUCGAACACUCCGCGAGCUUCGGAGGACUCGCCGAAGCCACAAGUUCCGGAGAAAUCCUGCGUAAAGCGAGACUGUAAAAAAGUAGAUUUAAGUCCGUGCGCUAAUCACGUUAGAAGCAAUUCGGAUUGUCAAGACAAAUGGGACUCCUCGGACGUGCGUAUGCUUACUUACAAGAAAAAUUCGACGGACUUUAUUGGCGAACCACGAGUUCUAAGUUUAAGCGAUCAAACGUUUGAUCGUUUAAACUUAUCUGACGUCUCGUUGUAUAAUGAAAAUAAUGACAAGCGGUCGAGAGAAGAAAAGUGUUCCUUUGAAAAGUAUGAAACAUUUGUUGAAAAAUUCGUUUGCUCAGAUCAAUCCAUAACAGACUGUUAUAGGUUUGAUCACUCUCGCAAUAUCGAUUGUCCUGACGGUAUAACGCACUCGAAACAAACACCGCCGUCAGAUUUAAAGCAGAGAUUAUCAGAGAAGGAUAAAAGUGUAGAGAGAGAGAAAAGUGUUGUUAAUAGAGCUAUGAUGGUAGCUAAGAGCAUCGGCCUCCAUAGUAGUUUGAAUAAAUGUAAUAGCAGUCCGAGAAGUAAUAGAAAACGAAAUAUGUUACUGGCAAAGAGGAGAAAUGUAUCCGUAAGAGAUAUUGGUACUGGCGAUUUAGAAGGAUGGUUGACGUAUCGUAGUAGAGGAGCGGGUGGCGCGUGGGCAAAGGCCUGGUUUGUAUUAAAGUAUUCAUCGUUGUACAGAUUUAAAACACAGGACAGUACAAAAGCCGAUUGCUUGAUUGUAUUAACGGGUUUUACCGUAUCACCGGCCGAUGAGGUAAAGUCGAGAAAAUAUUCCUUCAAAGUAUAUCACACAGGAACAGUAUUUUAUUUUGCCGCUGAUAACGAAGAUAACUUGAUGCUGUGGCUGGACGCAGUCAGUAAAGGCACUUUGAGAGCGGACGCUCAAAACCAAAAUGUCGAGCUUUACAGUGAGACCGACGAGAGUGACAGUGAGAGUCAUAAGAGUAAGACAAAAUGUAGUCCCCCAGAAUCUUCGAAACCGAAUCGAGAGAAAUCAUUCGGAUCAUUGAAAAAAUCUAUGCGAAAAGAUGUUGGGUUAUUUAAGGAUCAUGAGACCGGUGGCGCGAGUCUGGAUCGAAAGUAUUUGAAAUUUCUCCACGCCAGAAAUCAAAGUUUACCUGUUCCGACAGCGCAAUUUAGAAGCUAUAGACGAGUACUUCCUACAUCGACCUCGAACAAAAAAGACGAUUGCUAUAUAAAUUCUCCAGAUUUACAAGUAACAGUCGCUGGUAGCACAUUUUAUGGCUUAACCACGUCUCAGAGUGUUACAGACGUGUCAAACAACUUGGAUAUGAGUGAUUAUCGAUAUUCCACAGAUAGACCAGACAAUUCGCAAAGUUUUGUUACGCAAGAAGAAUUCAUUGUAUCACAACAAGAUGAGGAAGAACGACAAUUUACGAACAAAUCGAUGUCUUCCCACGUGAUAUCUUUGCUCAGCGAUCACGUACAGCACAGAAAUCUGAACGAUAACGUAACAUAUAGUGAGCAAAUUAGACAAUUAACUGCCGACGCUUCUUUGAAUGACAUCGGCAAUAUUUAUGGCAAAACUGACGAUGAAAUGCUGAGCAAUGCAUGUGUCCAUUUGAAGAACGCGAACGCACACGUGCACGCAUCUCGUCAAUUCGUCAAAGAUAAUGCCAUUGCUCUCCAAUCUGAGAACGAGACCAGUUGCAUGAACGAUAUUAAAUCUUACGGUAAAUGCAUGACAAUCGGGCAGAAGAGGAUAUGGGACUCAUCGAGUUACGUGCAGAAGAAAGGAGUGCAGGAACUUGGGAGCGCCCAGAAACCAAAGCAUGACAAUUCGUUUCAUUGGAAAGGCACGAUAAAUCCGAAUAAGCAGAAUUCAUCAAAUAAGGAUAUAGAUUACGAGCUCAAUAAGCGCGUACAAUCAUCCAGUCACGAAAGCUGCAAGAUUUUACAUGAUUUUACGCCGAGAAAUAUUGGAUAUUCUGGAUCCAGUGGCGAUCUUGCGAGUCACGCAAUGCCCGAGUCACAGCAGCAAUGCGUGAAGAAAGACAUAUCUAUUAGUCGAAAGGGGAGUUUCAAUGUUACUAAUCGUUGUGAUCACAAUUCUAUCGAUAAACGUUGGCUGGACUCGCUAAAACGUAGCGACAAGAAGAAUUCGAGCUGCGAUAAGAAUCGUCUGAAGAAUGUCGCGCAGUAUCAACCGCCACCCAUACCGACGUCACCCUUCGAGCAGGAGAGAAUGCGCGCUGCAUUCGAGAUGCAUUUAGAUAAGAAUGAUCACGUGCAGAAAGCGAGUCGCUUGAAAGUUUUGUUUGGCACCAAACAGCAAAAACCCACUACCUUGGAUCUUCCUAAAAACACUCAGAAAAUCGUAUUAGAAGCGGGUUCACCGCGGUUACGCAAAGCGCUGUUUCGAGACAAGUAUUGCUCCAAUCAGUCACAGUCUCAAUUGUCCACUUCUUCUGGCAGUCCGAGUCCUGGUGACAGUGGGAUCAGUCAGUCCCAUAGUUCUUUCAACAACAGUCCUUCCCAGGGGUUCACUCCAGUCUUUGGUUCAAUCGGCUCUGUCAACGAUUACAAUCUAGAUGUGACAUCUUCUAACAUAUCAAAAUACGAUGGUGGAUAUUCAUUCAACCAUAAGGGUAUUCUGAAUCUCGGCAAAAACCUGGCGCCUCCACUAUUACCGUACAUACCACCGCCAACGUCUCCGCCACCCGAUUAUCCUGGUUUGGAAUAUCCACCGGUAUUCGAGCCUGGAACUUACUCCCUUUCCGAUGCGUCAUUGCUACGCAGUCGCAACAAAAAUAGUCAAAACACAAGCCAAUAGCACAGAAUGAGCCAAAUUCAUCCUUUUAAUAAAACAACCAAAGAUAAUUUUCUUAUAUGGAUUGUAAACAUAGAGAUACAAUUGAAUUUAUUACAAAUCGUAAUAGAGUUAAUAUUGUGCUAUUAAGUAUUCUAAAAUAAUCGUCCGUCUCAUAGUUGUACAAAUAGGUUAGAUAUAUUUAUGUAGUUAUCUAAAUACAAAGAAUUUAUUUUUCUCUAAAGCGCAUAUUAAAAACGAAAUAUAUUUUAUAAUUAUUAAAUAUAAUAAUAAUAAUAAUAUAAUAAUAAUAUAUGGAAGACUGAAUUGUCUAAAUGUCAAGUAAUAUCGUCUAAAUAUUGUAAUUUGAGAUUUGUCCGUUUUAAAAUUAUUUUAUAUGAUAUAGAAAAAUUGUGUAAAAUUUAAUAUUAAUAUUGUCACCAUUAAAAGUAAAUUUAAAAAUUUGUUUAGAUUUUGGUAAGAAUUUAGGAAUUUGUUAUAUGUAAAUCAUUUUCUUAAUUGUUUAUAUGAUUAAUGAAGAUGAUUCCUUACGGAGUGCCAUUAAGACUAAGCAGUCAAUGGGCAAUCCUCUAAUAUUAUUAUAUCAUCACGAUUACUUAAGAGGACCUGGAUCGGAAUAACUAUUAUAGGGUACAAAAUUCUCUGAAUUGGCAACAGUAUUGAAAACUUAUGUGUUUAAAAUACAAGAAUAAGUGAGACACUCAACUUGAGCUUAAAAAUAGAGAGAGAAAGAGAGAGAGAAAAGAGAAGAGGGUAAUAUGGUAUACCCAUUUUCAUUUUAUUGAAUAACUUUGUUUAUAAAUAAUAUUUUCAAUUGAAACUUGAACGAUUACAUUUGUCAGAGUGUUGUUUGACAGAUUCUAGACUCAAAGUAAUGAAAUAUUUAUUAUUUAGGACGUGAUUUAUAAACCACGUCCUAAAAUAUCUAAUGCACGGCAUAAUCGGCGGAAGAAAAAAAGUGGUUGUAAUAUGGCUUCCCAUAAAAAUAAUUUAAAAAAAUUAGUUUAGUUUAAAAGAAACACAAUAUCUUGUUAAAAAAUUUUAUAUUUUUAAUUUUCUAUUGUUUAAAAUUUUCCUGCGUUCAGAAGCUUUAGAAAUACCAUUAGAAAUUUUAUUAAAAAUAUUAUCCCUGUUUAACAUUGAACAACAAGCAUAAAAUGAUGUCUUUAAUGUUUCUAAACACCGCUCUUUAGAAUGACAAUCGAUUUAUUAAAGAAAUAUUUCGAUAUAAAAAUUCCGCUUAAAAAAUCAUUAACAAAAUUUCAUGUUAUUGUUUUAACUUUGUAUAACUUGAAAUUUAUACAGUCAAAUAAAAAGUUAAAUAACAGAAAAACACUCGAGUGUAUGUAUUUUUGUGUCGUGUGAUAAUGCACUCAAGUUUAAGAAUAAUGAGGAAGUGUAUAUAAUUAUAGUUUAAAAGUGUACCUUGAAAAAGUUUAGAAAUGUUCAAAAGUAAAAAUGCUUUAUAACAAUUGUUAGUCAUUAUGUAUUGGCAUAUUAGCAUCACUAAAAAACGGCGAGCUACUAAACAAAUAACUCCAUAAACAAUUGUUAGAGUAUGUCACAUAAUAACGGAAAUAAUAGGGGUAGCCAUAUUGUCGAUAGUAGCCAUAAUGCCCUCUUCCCCACCUCUCUCACUCUGUGUGUGUGUGUGUAUGCGCGUGCGCGCGAGUGUGUGAGAGUGUGCGUGCGUGUGUGUAUAUACAGGGUGUCUUGCAAUCACCGAGCAAUAUUUUAACAGCGUAUUCUGGAUGUAAAGUAGAGCAAAAAAUCUUAAUACAAAAAUGUCGAGGCUAUAGUAGUUUUUGAAUUAUAACCGAUCAAAGAACCAGUAAUGUUGCGUAGAACUCGCGCGCUCAGGCCCGUAGUUGGAUAGCACGCUCA